ACCGGCAAGUGGAAAGCUCACCCGAGUUAAUACAUGGAGAAGACACCGACGUCACGUGAGGAGGAGACACCGGAGCUUUUUAGAAAGACGUCGGGAUGCCGGACACCUCCGCUCGGCUCUUUGGACACACGUCGGCCGCUCUGUCGGAGGAGCGAAGCGUCGCAGCGAUGAUCGGGAGGUAUUUCCUCCAGCUCACGUCCCCGGACCGGGAGACGAGCUCAGCCCGGCGGGGGAGCGUGGACAGCUGCGACGAGAAGGACAGCAUCUCGCUUUUUGCCAACAUAGACGCCGGAAUGGAGCACGAAGAGCGGCUCCUGCAGCAAGACGUGACCCGACGCAUCGAGCGCUGUCUGACGGAGGCCAAAGCCUCCCCCCUCCACUGCCAGACGUUGCUGCUGCCCCGCCAGAUGACCGCCAGGGUGGGCCAAGACGUGGUGCGCUCCUCCUCCGAUGAGCCCUGCGGCCUGCGGGGCGCCUCCAUCGCGCUCUACGUGGACUGCAAAGAGGGCCUGAUGUCCGCUGGGAGCAUCUUCCUGGACCCAAGUGUCACCCCGACAUUUGAACUGUCACUGAUCUUCAAGGCCGAUCGGGGCGAUGGGUGGCCCCCACUCAGGAGCAUCUUUGAGACCAACAAAGUGAUGAAGCUGAGGCCGGAGUACCGGCUAGUGAAGAGGAAGCUCUACUCCUCGGCCAGCCCCGUCAUUCACGAUUUUGACUACGAGGGCGUUGAGAAUGUAAACCCGUUUCACCCUACCUCUUGUUGAGCAUUUGUAUUGUCAGGGAACGGUCCGGCCUGCACUGCACUAAAGUCAGCUGUUGUAUUUUAUAUCUGAAUAAUUGGAUUGUUUGUUCUUUUGUGUCUGACUGGGAGCAGGAAAUCAACAGCUUGUUUACAUGUUGAAUACAUUAUUUUGCACAGAAUGGAUGGAUGUUUAAAGGGCUGACUCUAAACAUAAACUUCCUUCCAGGAUUUUUCUAUUCUUUUGAUAUUUUGUCAUAAAAUAAAUUGUUCACACUACUACUUCUUGGUC